AUGCAAGAUCGCGACGAGAAUGCGCACUACAAGUCGCGCGUCAUCUCCGUCAUUGCUGCCACUGGCGUAGCUCUUGCUUGUGGAACAAACUACGCAUAUUCGGCAUGGGGUCCUCAAUACGCCGAGCGCAUGAAACUAUCCGCUACCCAAAGCAACCUUAUCGGUAGCGCUGGCAACAUUGGCAUGUACGCCUCUGGUAUUCCCUUUGGCAUCUUGAUCGACACAAAAGGUCCCAGGUGGGCUAUUCUCAUUGGUGCCUGUUCGCUGGCAUGCGGCUACUUCCCCCUAUAUUCGGCCUACCAAAAGGGUCCCGGAUCUAUGAGUUUUCCUACUCUCUGUUUCUUUGGCUUCCUUACUGGCAUGGGAAGCUGUUGUGCAUUUGCCGGUUCGAUCAAGGUGUCCGCGACGAAUUGGCCGCAUCACAGAGGAACUGCCACCGCUUUCCCUCUGAGUGGCUUUGGCCUUAGCGCCUUCGUGUUUACUCUGAUUGGCAGUUUCGCCUUUCCCAAUGAUACAGCAGACUAUCUACUGAUGCUGGCCAUCGGUACUUUUGUCAUGGUAUUUGUGGGAAGCUUCUUCAUGCGAUUGAUGCCUCCGUCCUCUCCCUACCAAGCCGUGCCUACCGAAGAUGAGACUCGACCUCCACGCAUCAGGAAGAACUCUCACGAUCUUCAGUCAGGUCGCCACAGCAGAGAUGGAAGCGGUUCGAAUUUCCCGGGUGAACCCAGCACUCAAGAUGCCCAAACAGAUGAGACGUCACCUCUGGUCUCACGCGCUGAGGAAACCCCUGUGGACGAAUCCCAGACAUCUCAGACCCAAGGCUCACACAAGAAAGAUAUCACAGGGUGGGCGCUCGCAAAGAGCCCCUCGUUUUGGAAUUUGUUUAUUCUGCUUGGCUUGUUGUGCGGAGUCGGCCUGAUGACUAUCAACAAUAUUGGAAAUAACGCCAAAACACUUUGGCACCACUACGACGAAAACGCAAGUCACGACUUCAUUCAGUCUCGCCAGUUGAUGCAUGUUGGCAUUCUCUCGAUUGGUUCCUUCGUUGGCAGAUUGUCUUCCGGUAUUGGAUCGGACUUUGUGGUCAAACGUCUCCACUCUUCUCGUUACUGGUCAAUUGUCGCUUCGUCACUGAUAUUUACCGUCGCCCAAGUCUUUGGACUUACGAUCGAAAACCCCACCCACUUGUAUCUUUUGUCAAGUGUGACCGGGCUUGGCUACGGUGCACUUUUUGGCGUUUUCCCUGCUCUUGUUGCUGAUGCAUUUGGUGCACCGGGGCUUGGAAUCAAUUGGGGUGCCAUGACGAUGUCGCCAGUCAUCUCAGGUAACAUUUUCAACACGGCUUAUGGCGCCAUCUUGGAUAGCCAUUCGGGCUCAGCAGACGGACACCAUCGCAUUUGCAAUGAUGGCAAGUCUUGCUAUUCUCAGGCAUAUACGAUCACACUUGUCGCCAGUAUUAUGGGUAUCGCAUGGAGUCUUUGGUGUGUUCGCCGGGACACAAAGGAGAAGAAGGAACAACGGAAGUUGUACGAGGACCACUCACCUUAG